CUGAGGGCCGGGCCGGAGAGAGCUGCAGAGGCUCCUGUUUGGAAAGAGACCUGCUGGGACUGUUUAUCCUGUUGGCCUGGGAUUAUGAAGCCCAACCUGUGUUCCUGGACUUCUCCAGACAGGUUAUGUCACCGACAGAGGCUGCCCUGAAGCUCCCUGUGGCCCGGAGACUAUGUACAAGAGGAAUGGUCUGAUGGCUAGCGUGUUGGUCACCUCCGCCACUCCACAGGGCAGCAGCAGCUCAGACUCUCUGGAGGGCCAGAGCUGCGACUAUGCCAGCAAGAGCUACGACGCCGUUGUCUUCGAUGUCCUGAAAGUGACUCCCGAGGAGUUUGCCAGCCAGAUCACGCUAAUGGACAUGCCCGUGUUUAAAGCCAUCCAGCCGGAGGAACUAGCCAGCUGUGGAUGGAGUAAGAAGGAGAAACAUAGUCUCGCCCCCAACGUCGUGGCCUUUACCCGGAGGUUUAACCAGGUCAGUUUUUGGGUUGUACGAGAAAUUCUAACAGCACAGACGUUAAAAAUAAGGGCAGAAAUCCUGAGCCAUUUUGUGAAAAUAGCCAAGAAACUUCUAGAACUCAACAACCUUCAUUCUCUCAUGUCUGUGGUGUCAGCAUUGCAGAGCGCGCCCAUCUUCAGGCUGACGAAAACCUGGGCUCUUUUGAAUCGAAAAGACAAGACCACGUUUGAGAAACUGGACUACCUGAUGUCCAAAGAAGAUAAUUACAAGCGGACUCGGGAAUAUAUCCGAAGCCUGAAGAUGGUUCCCAGUAUUCCCUAUCUAGGCAUCUAUCUUCUGGAUUUAAUCUACAUAGAUUCUGCGUAUCCUGCCUCAGGCAGCAUCAUGGAAAACGAGCAAAGAUCCAAUCAGAUGAACAAUAUUCUCCGAAUAAUUGCUGACUUACAAGUUUCCUGCAGCUAUGACCACCUCACCACCCUGCCCCACGUGCAGAAGUACCUGAAGUCCGUGCGCUACAUCGAAGAGCUGCAGAAGUUCGUGGAGGACGACAACUACAAACUGUCACUCCGAAUCGAACCAGGAAGCAGCUCCCCGAGACUAGUCUCUUCCAAGGAAGAUCUUGCAGGCCCAUCCAGUGGCUCCAGUUCCGCAAGGUUCAGCCGGCGGCCCACCUGUCCGGAUGCCUCUGUGGCCGGCAGCCUCCCCACACCCCCGGUCCCGAGACACAGGAAGAGCCACAGCCUGGGCAACAAUAUGAUGUGUCAGUUGAGUGUAGUUGAGAGUAAAAGCGCGACAUUCCCGUCGGAAAAAGCGAGGCACCUGCUGGACGACAGUGUCCUAGAGCCCCGCAGCCCCCGCAGGGGCCUCGCCCUCGCCUCCUCCUCCGCCGUCACCAAUGGACUCUCCCUCGGCAGUAGUGAGAGCUCAGAGUUUAGUGAAGAGAUGUCUUCAGGGCUGGAAAGGGGACGUCUCUAUGCCACGCUGGGGCCCAACUGGCGCGUUCCAGUCCGGAAUUCUCCCAGAACCCGGAGCUGCGUCUACAGCCCCACUGGUCCAUGCAUCUGUACGCUGGGGAGCUCUGCGGCAGCCCCCACCAUGGAGGGGCCUCUGAGAAGGAAAACUCUGCUGAAGGAGGGACGAAAGCCCGCGCUGUCUUCAUGGACCAGGUACUGGGUAAUACUCUCAGGAUCCACCCUCCUGUACUACGGAGCCAAGUCCUUGCGGGGCACAGACAGAAAACACUAUAAAUCCACACCUGGCAAGAAGGUCUCCAUCGUGGGCUGGAUGGUGCAGCUGCCCGACGACCCUGAGCACCCGGACAUAUUCCAGCUGAAUAACCCCGACAAAGGCAAUGUUUACAAGUUCCAGACUGGCUCCCGAUUCCAUGCAAUCCUGUGGCACAAGCAUUUGGAUGAUGCCUGUAAAAGCAACAGGCCUCAGGUACCUGCAAACCUUAUGUCAUUUGAAUAAGUCUCUGCAGGACUUGGCGUGACUUCGGAGGCCUCUGGGAGCCCAGCCUGGGACUGGUGGCCAAGCGCACAUUGGGGCACAGGCCGCUGGCGGGGUGCUGGGAGACUCAGACCUGGACUUGAGGGGACACGGCCUCACAGUCCGGAGAGCUCUGCUGGUGUGGGGUCCACCUGCCGAUCCCCAGCCAUCCUCAUGCCCCCCAUUCUGCAGCACCACCUCGCGGGGCCUCGAUCGGUCGUCCGCAGACUGUACACCCUGCCUGCCCGCCCACCCAGCCUGGACCCGCGUCUGUCCACCAGCUGCUGCUGCGAUCAGGAGCACCCGGCCCAUGUUGGGUCCCCAGGGCUUUCUCCUGCACAAAGAGUGGACAGCGACCCCCAUGUGAGGGCCAGAGGGACGAGACAGGCUAGGGACUGGCUCUUUUCACCCCAGCUCAUGGGGUCGCUUGCCCACAGGGCUGCCUCAGAUUUUGUACACCCGAAGCGUCCUCUGCGUGUGUGUGCCAUGUCUGUGUGCGUGCAAACGAGCGAGUGUGGACUAUCCGAGAAACAUGCAUUUUGGCACAAGACUCGUGACAUCACACACUUCAUCCUCUUUGAGGCCCUGCUUUCACCUUAAGCGAUAGACGCAUCCACUGAGGAAGGUCAGAGUGAGAGCCCAGAUUCCUCCUGUGUUAAGGGUCCCUCGCAUUCUUUUACUGUAA